CCGAAAUACGCUGUUUUCUGACAAAUCUUCCAUGUUGCUCCACGCCCUCCAACACAUCGACCGAUGAUGCCAUCCAGCAUGUCACUGUUGGCUAAUUGAUGAACGAACUCAUCAACAAAGCGAGUGUUUAUAUAUGAGCUAGUUCUUUGAAAGAGAGCGUAUCAACUCGUUUCGGUCAAUUUCUCACAGUCUUCAUCAUGGCGGCAGCACAGUCUCAAUCCCUCUUCAAGUCUUUGGGUCUUGCUCACCACGUCUCCAAAACCUCCUCAGGAGCCGAGGUGCACAGCUAUACCUCAGAUCUAGGGCCAGAUGCUCCCAUACUAACAUUGAUCCACGGCUACCCUCAAUCAGCAUAUGAAUGGCGUCAAGUCAUUCCAGCACUGAAGGGAAAAGUCUCCCUGUUCGUACCGGAGCUUCCUGGAUACGGCAUCUCAACGCCCAUCAAAGACAAAGACGCCAACACCAAGCGCUCUGUCGGCGGAGCUCUUUUGGAAGCUCUCUCAGAUGUGUUCAAUACGACAGACUCCAAGACACCCCGCCGUAUCAUUCUAGGAGGCCACGAUCGUGGAGCACGUAUCUGCCACCGCCUUGCCGUCGAUUUCUCACAUCCACCAGAGUCGCAAUCCAUCUAUUCUACCCUCAACCUGACCGUUCUCGGGGCCGUCCUCAUCGACAUUGUCCCGACACUGGAACAAUGGCAAGCUUUUGCUAACCCAGCACUUGCUAAGGGAUAUUUCCAUUGGCCUCUACUUGCCAAUCCCGAAGUCGCCACAGACAUCAUCGCUGCCUACGGAGGCGACAAAUGGUGCAGAGCUGCCAACACCCGCAUCGCAGGUGACAAUCCGCAGUCCAUUGAGCGACUCUCUUCCGACGGCGCCCAAGAUGUCUAUGCCGAACUCUUCAAGGAGCGAGAAACACUCUACUACACCGCCCUCGACUACGCAGCGGCCGCUGUACCGGAACCUGCAGAGCAAGACGAAGAUCAGAAGGCGGGUCGCAAAGUCAGCGUGCCACUACUCGUCAUGUUCUCCAAGGCGCGACUUGGCGCAGGCCUCGAUGUGGCAGAGAUCUGGAAGAAGUGGAUCGCUGAUGGUGUCGACUACGAAGGGUAUGGCGUGGGCGAGGGCUACGGACACUAUCUGCCUGAGGAGGCAUACGACAUUGUCAACCCCAGAAUCGAGGCGUUCAUCAAGAAGGUGACAUGAAAAUAGUGCUGCAAUCCAAC